AAAUUGUUGGUAGUGUUUUCCAUUUUAUUGUUAAAGUUUGACUAAAGUUUUGAGCAGAAUAUUACGGUACUGGUGAAAUGCCGGAUAAAAUUAGCAUCUACGAUGUCGGAGAUCGGUACGACCCGUCGGAAUCGGAAGGCGAGUACGAUGAGCGGGAACGAAAACUGCUGACGAAAAUACGGGAUCGCAAGAAAGGCAAACCUGGUCAAUACGCCGAUGGCGAAGAGGAGGUUCUGGGUUUUGAGGACGAUGACGAAGAUGAUGAUGAUGGUGAAUACGAGGACGAGGAGGAGGAAGAUGAUGAUUUUGAUGAAAUUAAAAAGUUUGAGCAUGAUAGCGACAUCGAAGAUAAGGAGGAUUUAGAUGAUCUACCAGACAGGAAAGCAUGGGGUUCAAAAGCCAGAAAUUUCUAUGGUGCUGAUUAUGUAGAUCAGGAUUACGACAGCUUAACCGCACAGGAAGAGGAAAGAGCUCGGCUGGAAGAAAUCGAAGCAAAAGAAAUCCAACAACGAUUAGCAAAGGAACUAAACGAAGCUGAUUUUUCGUUGGAUGUGUUUGUUACCGAACAUGAGACGGAGGCGGCCGUUAGCAAAUCUGCUAAAAAGAAAAAGAAAGAAAGCGCAGAAAUCAAACUGACAACUGAUUUGUCGGAUUUGAGCGAUCGUCAGAAACGGGAACUGUUCAGGAAAGAGGCCCCCGAGUUUGACGGAUUGGUAGAGGAUUUUGAAAAGAACCUACAAGAGUGCCAAGAGGUUCUGGAACCGGUGAUGAGCUAUCUUUCCGAGCGCAACAUUACCGACGAGCAUCCGUUUGUGAUGCUGUUGAAAACACGAUAUGAUUUGAGCUUAAAUUACUGCAACAACAUUAGCUUCUAUCUGCUGCUGAAAGCUAAAAAAGUCAAAAUUCAAAAUCAUCCGGUUGUCAAGCGGAUGGUUCAAAUGAAACAGUUGCUGCUUGAAUUGGAGCAGAAAUAUGAGAACUCGAUCAAGCCGCAAGUGGAAACCAUUCUUGAACACAUCGCUUCGGGUGAAGAACUGUCAAUCGAAGGUUCUAUUGAUGACCAACCGGAAGCGGAGCAACCCAAAAAGAAGAAACUAAAUAUACUGAAAGAAAUUGAAGCCAACGAAGAAUUGGAACAGAAAUCGGACAGUUACGAGUCGGAUGAAAGCAUCGAAGAUGCUCCGCAGGCGAAGAAACGUCGAACGGAGGACUCUUCGGAGGAAGAGGAACAAGAACCAGAAGAGGACCAGGAAGAAGAAUCGGCGGGUGACGCGAAGCGAAAGAUUACCUACCAGAUGGCUAAAAACAAGGGUCUUACGCCGCACAAGCGGAAGGAUGAGCGCAAUAUUCGUGUCAAGAAUCGCCGUAAGUUCCAGAAGGCACUGGUACGGCGAAAGGGAACCGUCCGGCCGGUACGGACCGAAACCACUCGAUAUGCCGGCGAGAGCAGCGGCAUUAAGGCUUACGUCAAGCGAAGCAUCAAAAUUAAGUAACCGUCUAGUAAUGGUAAUUCAUCUCUUUAUUUUCGUUACUUUUCAAGUAAUUAUCGUUCUUAAUAGAAGAAAUAUAGUGACAUGAAA